AUGGUUGGAAGUUUGAACAAACCCUAUUUGUCAAACUUAACUUCAUUUGUAGCCAAAAUGACAAUCCUGUACACUUUGCUAGCAUAUUACAAUACAGCCCCAAGCAGGAGUGACUCAGGACCCUUGAUCCGUUAUCCUACCCCUGAUCAAAAGCAGACUGAAAAGCUUUCCUUGAACCUGGUCAAGAUGAGCUUGUACACUGGUAGAUCUUUGCCAUACUCGCACCAGCUAGAUAACUGGUUAUCUCAAAGAAUGAAGAAUUUGAAAAAAUCGCCAACACUCCCUAGAGCUCAUGGAUUUGUUGCAGCCUUGGUACCCCAAUGUCAAAGGGAGGUUUGGCGGAUGGGGAAGCAUAACUUAUAG